AUGGCAGCGCUGAGACAGGAGCAUCGGUAUGGGCUCUCCUGUGGCAAAAUCAACAAAAACACCCCGAACCAAACCCUGUAUCACGUCAAACUCACUGACACUGCCAUCCGGACCCUCGAAGCCUUCCAGAACCUGAAGGCAUCCCUAUCGAAUCAGCCAGCCAUUUGCUUCAAGGGGAGCCAGGGGUACAUAAAGAUCCCAGCACCGACUCCAGAAUCCCCCGAAGGUUUCAGGGUCUUCUCGUUCUACCUGUCCAGUGACAGCAAAGACAAGCCCCAGUCCAGCUUUGACUGCAUUCACCAGUAUGUCUCGGGGGAGGGCAAGGACCACCUGGAGGGCCAGGGCAGCAUUCAGGACAAGAUCACAGUCUGCGCUACAGACGACUCCUACCAAACGACCCGGGAGCGCAUGUCUCAGGUGGAGAAGGACAUCUGGAGCCGCUCAGCGAUUGAAAUCAAACCGGGGCCGAGUAAGUAUGUGAAGGUCCAGAGGAAGCAGGGUCUAGUAUCAGGCUCGGACAGCAACAACAAGCACUCCCCCAGCAACAAGAGGAGCCUAGUAAGCAGCCCUGUGGCACACCGGCCCCUGAGGGAUCGCGUCAUUCAUCUCCUGGCCUUAAAGCCCUACAAGAAACCUGAGCUGCUACUGUGGUUGGAGAGGGAGCGGGCAAGUCAAAAGGACAAGUCUGACCUGACCUCAGUGCUGGAUGAGGUUGCUAAACUGAACCCAAAAGAUCACAGCUACACUCUGAAGGAUGAGCUCUACAGACACGUCCAGAGAGACUGGCCUGGAUAUCUGGAGGAGGAGAAGCAACUCAUCCACAGGCUCCUAAUCAGGAAACUUCAGCCACUCCACAGUAGCCAGUUGAGAAGUCCCCAGUCCAAUCAUUCCAUCCACAAAACUCCCGGGGACUCUCCUUCACAACUCAGCCCUGCCAAGAGUCUUUCUGUGAAACGGCCGUUGCUCUCAGACCCAUCCAACUUCCAGACCCCCAAAAAACAAAGAAUAUUAGACCAGAGUUUGCCUCUGCAGUCGCCCUCUCAUGGAGACUACGGCACCAACGGGGUCUGUGGCUCUUCCGGUCAUGGACAAUCUAGUGCGCACAUCAAACUGGAUUUUGACAAAACCCACAAUCAUCUACAGGGGAGCCCGAACCGUCUUUACUCGCCACACAAAAUCAGCACACCUUUAACUGUUCCUAAACUGGAGAGGCCAGAGCCGCCUCCCGCUGCGCCCAGCCCCACCAAGCACCCACACGCAAACAACACCAUCUGCACCGACCAACAGAUCAACAAUGGACUCCAUAAAAAGAAGAAGUCCAAAAAGCACAAAGACAAGGAACGAGAGCGCUUAAAACCAGUCUGGAUUGAGACCAGUCCGGACCUGAAGAACCAGAACCAUGAAGAUUUUAAAGACCAAGAGGGAAAUAAAUCAACCAUCAAUGGAACCUCAGCAGAGGAACUGCCCGACUAUCUAAUAAAAUACAGCAGCAUAACAGGGCUGGAGCAGCGUCAGCAGUAUAAGGACGACUUCUGUGCCGAGUACGACGAAUACAGAGCUCUUCAUGACCGGAUCGGGGCUAUCACAGAGAUGUUUGUUCAACUGGGCUCAAAGAUCAACACUCUCUCCCCGGGGACACAAGAGUACAAGCUUAUGGAGUACCAAAUACUACAGAAGUACCGAAAGUAUAAGAAAAAGUUUCCGGGGUAUCGGGAAGAGAAGAAGCGGUGCCAGUACCUCCAUCAGAAACUGUCACAUAUCAAAGGCCUGAUCACAGACUACGACCGGGCACAGGAGCUCUCCUAGUGCCCGGCCCUGAUCCCUCAGCAGGGUGUGAUUAUGACUGGACCAAAUGGACUCCUUGUGGACCCCAAAAGACUGCUCAGCGGGGGUCCUGGGGGGUUGCGUGAGACACUAUUCACUUUACUCCUCCGAGUGUGUGGAAUCAUGGAGCGAGGUUUUUAGGGGCUGAGACCACCGACUCGUGAUCAAAUGUUGCCCUUUAAUACUUUUGGUUUUCGGACGGUGAUUAUCGCUGGAAUGGCUGGACUUUUCUUCUGCUGUAAAACGGUCACAUCGAAAAGCCAAAUCGUUUCUUCGGAAAUGCAAAAACAGAUGUGACCUCUCCUGCCUAAUUGUGUGUUUUUUUAAUCUACCUUCAUGUUGUCCGAUCUUAAAAAAAAAAAAAAAAAAGCAUUGAUUUAUAUGAAGUAUUAAAUUGAUGGUACAAUCAGUCUUAGGGGACAGAAAAAUGCUACUUCAGUCUUUAUAUCAAACAUACAGAGGAAUCUGUAUAUCACUGCUGGCUGACGAGUCAAAUGUUGACGUGCCACAUUCAAUCACAUCAUUUAUUUGAUUGUUACAGGAAAGAAAGAUAAUGUGGGUACAAUAAGAUGAAUGUGCCAUGAGCUCUCUUCAGACCAAAUAACAUCAAAAAUGUAUCUUAUCAUCGAUUCAAGCGUUUAAUGUUGCAGGUUUAAGACCCCACAAAGUUUUACCUCAAUGGAAGAUUUUAAAUUCAACAUGCAGAGUUGUUGUUAUUUUUUACACAUCAUUUGUGGCUUUUCUCAGGCCCUGAUCAUAAAAGAAUAUUUUACCAUGUAGCUUUUUCUGCCAACGUCCUGUGUCAAUUCUAGGAAAUGUCUGAAUGCCACAUUACCACUCCUCCCAGUACCAAAAUGCUGUUGUCAAGACGGUGCUUUUUGCACGUUUAGUUUUCGGUGUUGCCCACAUGUAGCCUGCCAUGAACUGCCUUUCAUCACAACUAACAUCCCCCUCUACAGCCUUGUGGUUACAUGUCUGUUUACUGAUAAACAGUUCUGCUUUAUCACACUUUAGAUGAACGACCUCAAGUUCACACUUCUCACGCUAGAUGCUCUUUUGAAAGCUUACAGGGUCAUUUGUAAUCAAGCAGUUUGAUCGACUGUAUUCUGCUUGAAGACUUUAAUCAUGUUUCAUUCUGGAUUGACUUUAGUAACAAUAAUUCACUUAAUUAAUCAAGUAUUGCAUUGUGUUAUCAUUCUGCUGGGUGAGGAAGAAAUGCCUUUAAAAAAAAAAAAGAGGUUAGCCACAUGUGUCAAUCAGAGAGCGUUGCAUUGUGGGUCAGUCCCCUCCUUCAGUUUGGUUCAGUUGUGUGUAACUCGCAGGCUGACCUCUAGAGUGUGCUAGUAGGUCUUUUAGACUCAUCCUCUAAAAAAAAAAAAGCAGACUCCUCUCAACAACCUCCAACUGUAAUUUGAUUUCACAUUGAAUAGCGGUGGCCUUCAGUCGUAUUAGUGUUCAGAUUUCAGUGUUCUCUAGAAAGUUGCAUCAAUGUAGCUGUGCUCACAACUGUUGUCUUAACGAUGGCCUUAACUGGGAGAAUGAAGUUCUUAAUAUUUGCCUUAAUGUAUAUCAGACAUUUCCAACAUGACGUUCUUGGUUUUUAAACUGCACAAUUCAAAUCAGAUGUUGCGUUUCUUCUUCUGGUAAAGUUAAAUUUUUUAGUUUGAAGGAAAUCUUAGUUACUGGACGGUUGUCUAAUUUGUGCUUUUGUGUUGUUGUUUUUUCCUCCUGAACGUCUUAGUACAUUUUUUUUUUGUGUGUGUUAGCUUCUUUGUUGUUGUCUCUUAAUCUGUCAGAUUAAUAUAAACUCUAAAAAUAUUUCAUCCAAUGUCCUGACCCGUCAGGCACCGAUAUCACUAGAAAGAAUGAUUACAGGAAUCUGCUUUUCUUAUUUCUGUGUAUGAACACUAGGUGAGCAUAAAUACACAGCAGCUCAUAUGCAACAAAGGCAUGUUCUUUUUUUUUUUUUUUGUAUCGUAGGAUGAGACAAAGAAUAGUCAUCUGUCUUGGCACAUAUGCAGGUUUCCAAGAAAGUUAUAUAUUUAUUAGCACUACAUUUAGGAGGAUUGUGAUUUAUUAUUAUUUUGAGGAUUUCAUCUCAAGAGUUGAAAACCGUGGAUUCAGAAUGUUCUGGUCCACUUAAACAAAUGUUUCUAUUAUUCUGUCUGUUUUCAUCUCUUCUCAGGACCAGGACUUUGACAGUAUUUGUGGAUUCUUUCGUGAAAAUGCCUUUUUAUGAGCUUAGUCAAUGUGCUUCAUAGCUCUACCCAGCAGGAGAAAACAUCUCAGUCAGAACCAAUGAAAACAGUGUGUCCUGUUCUGGUACUGGAUCUGGAAUGGAGGCAUGGGUUCAACUGUAUGGAAAGACAGUAGUACAGGGCCCGUUCAACAUUUAGAAUCGUUUAUUUUUGUUUCACAGAAGAAAAAAAAAUAAAAGGUACUGAGACAUUUAUGAAUACAACAUGAGUAGUUCUACAAAAUACAUCAUAGGAGCCAUUCCCUGGACUAACAAAACAACACUGAAGAAGAGUGUACCAUUCAUUUGAACAUGUCACAUCAGACCAUUGGAGAAAGAGGGUUCCCCAAGUGCUUAAUGUGAUGUUUUAAGGAGCUAACCACUGAAGGUGCCUUUUUCAUUCCAAGAGCAGAGCCCACUCUGCAUGUAAUCAACAUUGGUAACAGGGAAGAGAGAAGAACUUGGGCCAGCAGUAUAAAAUCUGUAGUUUCACACUGUUGCCACUUUUUUUUUAAAGUGCUUUGAUUGGAUUUUUAUCUCAAACAGAGUUGAUAUCGAUGCCUGGGAAAAUGUAUGAUAUGUUCUGGCUAUGGCAUGAUAUUUAAAUACAUUUUCCCAGAAAUACUUUGUUUGUAUGGACUGUUAUGAAACUACACCUAUUGUAAGCCAUUUGCAUUCACGUUUAUAUGAUGAAAAUAUGACCUGGAAUUUUGUUUUAAGUUUCAGUUUCCAGCCUGAGAAACUUAUGAACAGAACUUCCGACUGUGUGUUUUAAUUGGUCUGUUGGUACUGGGAACACGAUGCCUAAAUAGAAAUGUGAAAUCUAACAUUUGACCCAUUAUGAAUCACUGCAGUUUAUGUAUUCAGGAGAACGUAUUUCUUUAUUUAUUGCUUUGUAUGUCUUUGUCCUUUUUCUUUUUUGGGUAUUCAUCCUUACAUAGUCAAGAGAACUUUUUUUCCACAGCAAAACUCAAACAUUCAGUGAAAGGGAAACGAAACAUAUUUUUUGCCAUUUUUAUUGGUGGAUGCUUAUCACAACAACAUCCCCUUGAGAAAAGCUUUCAGAGAAUUAAAGUGUAUUGUCGUCUCAGUAUAAAUGGUCAAAUAAAGCUCUUUUCAGUUCA